AGUUAAAAGGAACUGGAAUCAUCCAGGUGAUUUUGAUGUGAUUGCAAGAAUCCAGACUGUGUCUUGGAGCAAGUUCAAGUGCUUUGGGGGACUAGAUAAGCGUGUACAACAGAAAGUGCUGGGCAUUUUACCCAGCUCAAAUAUACUUGCCCUUCAGAAAGUAAUUAAAAUGAAAAUGGCUUUAACCAAAAAAAAAAAAGGAAGAAGAAGAAGAAGAAAAUAAAAAGAAAGAGAACCCGUGUUGUCCUCGGGCUGAGGAGUACCUGGAGAGCUGAGGGUCUGGAGAGCUGUCUGGACUCAUCUAGUGCAGUACUCUGCAACAUGACCUUGGUAGGCAGGAGGAAAUACACUGCUGGCUGAGACUCAGUGUGUGCCAGCAUGUGCAUUUCACUAGUAUUACCCCAGUCCCGCAAACUCAUGCUUCCAUUUAAAACCUGGUCUUAAAUGAGCUAUCUGUUAAUCACUAAAUUGCUCCCAGAACCUUAUAAUUGAGGGACCACUGAUCUCCCGUGGUCUGUGGCCAGGUGCUUUUGAUAGAGUUUCUUGUAUGUGACAGUCACUGCUCUGGACAGCAUCUGUGUCUCAGACACUGCUGGGGAGCAACCUUAGAGCUCGGCGCUGGUACACUGUGUAGGAAGGCCUGAGUAUUAGCUUGGAUGUGGGAUUUAGGGAAGAAGCUGGAACUGAGAGGCUGACUGUGGAGGCCUGGGCAUAGUUUCAUAGUAGAACUGGGUCCAGGGCGUAGGUCUUUUCUUUGCAGGUGCACAGCCAGGGAAGCCGGCUGAGACAAAAAGGGGGAACCUGGUCUAAGGGCUAAUGAUACAAUUAUUGCUAAUUUGUAUCCAGCCGUUGUAUGUGCAAAUGAGUGUAAUAGGUGCUACUAUUUUGGCAUUUUCAGAUAAGCACACAGUUUGAUUAGAGAGCCCAGAGCUUCUAGGAAUUCCAAGAUUAGGUGUGUUCAGAAUCACAGGUUUGACAGCUGUGGGGAGGCUUACAGCUGUGAUGUCCAUAUUUUCUGAAGCCUCAAUCAAGACAUCCACCAGUCUGAAGGAUGCUCUUUCAACCACCUGACUGGGCUCUCAAAGCUCAGAAUUCCAGUGACAUCACCAAGGCUUUGGCCAUGCUUCCACAGGACAGGCAGCUGGGUGAUAGGUGACCAUGGAGGAGGAAGAUGAGUCUCGAGGUAAAACAGAGGAGUCGGGAGAGGAUCGAGGAGAUGGUCCACCUGACAGAGAUUCUGCCCUUUUUCCUUCUGCCUUUAUCCUGCGGGCCAUUCAGCAGGCUGUGGGGAGCGCCCUGCAGGGGGACCUGCCUAAUGAGAAAGAUGGCUCUCGGUGUCAUGGCCUUCGAUGGAGGCGCUGCUGCCGCAGUCCACGAUCAGAGCCUCGUUUACAGGAGUCAGGGGGUGCUGACACAGCCACUGUACUGGACACAGCUGCAGACAGCUUUCUUGUUGGGCUGGUGAACAUCCUGGAUCCCCCCGAUACCUGGGUCCCCAGCCGCCUGGACCUGCGACCUGGCGAGAGUGAAGACGUGCUUGAGCUGGUGGCCGAGGUCCGCAUCGGUAACAUGGACCCCAUGCCUCUGCCUGUGCCCAGCCUUCUGCCCCGCCUCAGGGCCUGGAGGACAGGGAAAACAGUGUCUCCGCAGUCUCAUGCCUCUCGGCCUGCCUGUGCCCGCCAUCUCCUCACCUUGGGCACAGGGGAUGGAGGGCCUGCCCCUCCACCUGCUCCCUCCUCUGCUUCAUCCUCGCCUUCCCCUUCCCCAUCCUCGUCUUCCCCUUCUCCCCCUCCUCCUCCUCCGCCCCCUCCAGCUCUUCCUGCCCCCCGAUUCGACAUCUAUGACCCCUUCCACCCUACCGACGAGGCCUACUCCCCACCGCCAGCCCCGGAGCAAAAAUACGACCCCUUCGAGCCCACAGGCUCCAACCCUAGCUCAUCAGCAGGGAGCCCCUCACCAGAAGAGGAGGAGGAAGAGGAAGAGGAAGAGGAGGGCCUGUCACAGAGCAUUAGCCGCAUCUCAGAGACCCUGGCGGGCAUCUAUGAUGACAACAGCUUGAGCCAGGACUUCCCAGGUGACGAAAGCCCCCGCCCGGAGCCCCCGCCCCCGCAGACGCUGGGAGCCCCAGGGACGCCACCACAGGUGGACUCCACACGGGCUGAAGGAGCCCCGCGCCGCAGGGUCUUCGUGGUGGGACCUGAGGCUGAAGCCUGUCUUGAGGGCAAGGUGUCGGUGGAAGUAGUGACAGCUGGAGGGUCAGUGCUGCCACUGCCACCACUACCCCCGACUGAUCCCGAGAUCGAGGAAGGAGAGAUUGUGCAGCCCGAGGAGGAGCCCAGGGUUGCAGUGUCACUGUUCCGAGCUGGGCGUUCUCGGCAGCCUCCUGCCUCGGUAGCCACCCUUGCUUCAGUGGCCACUCCCGCUGCGCCCCCAGCCUCUGCGCCACGUGCCCCUGAGGGCGAUGAUUUCCUGUCCCUGCAUGCUGACUCUGAUGGUGAGGGCGCACUGCAGGUAGACCUGGGUGAGCCACCAGCACCUCCGGCUGCAGACUCACGCUGGGGCGGCCUGGACCUGCGCCGCAAAAUCCUAACGCAGCGGCGUGAGCGCUACCGCCAGCGCUCUGCCUCGCCGGGCCCACCGCCUGCACGCAAGAAGGCGCGACGAGAGCGGCAGCGCAGUGGGGACCCAGCCCCACCUGACUCACCAGCUUGGGAUGCCAAGAAGCAUCGCUCACGGGAGCGGAAGGUCAGUUCUCACACUGCUGCCCGCCGUCGCUCACGUUCACGGUCCCGUUCCCGCCGCCGGUCUCGCUCCCGCAGUGCUGACCGCAGACGCGGGAGCCACCGCUCACGCUCCCGGGAGAAGCGCAGGCGCAGAAGGCGCUCAGCAUCACCACCCCCAGCAGCAUCAUCCUCUUCGUCUUCGAGGCGUGAGCGGCACCGCGGCAAGCGCCGGGAGGGUGGCAAGAAGAAGAAAAAGCGAUCGCGCUCGCGGGCCGAGAAGCGCGCUGGGGAUGCGGAGAAGCUGCCCGCACCUGUGCCUCCCUCAGGCUCUGACCGUGACAGCAGGCGCCGUGGGGCUGUACCACCCUCUAUCCAGGACCUCACGGACCACGACCUGUUUGCCAUCAAACGGACCAUCACAGUGGGCCGCCCUGAGAAGGCUGAACCCCGUGCACCUUCGCCAGCGCCUGCUGUGUCCCCAAAGCGAGAGGUCCUGUAUGACUCUGAGGGUCUGAGUGCAGAUGAGCGGGGUGGCAAGAGUGACAAGGACCGGAGGCGUUCAGGGGCUGCGUCCUCAUCCUCAUCCUCAAGGGAAAAAGGGUCUCGACGGAAGGCCCUUGAUGGGGGGGACCGGGGCCGAGACAGGGACAGGUCAUCCAAGAAGACGCGGCCACCUAAGGACUCAGCACCUGGCUCAGGGCCGCCACCGAAGGCCCCGCUAAGCAGCGGCUCCUCCUCUUCAUCAUCAUCCUGCUCCUCCCGAAAGGUGAAACUGCAGUCCAAGGUGGCCGUGCUCAUCCGAGAGGGUGUCAGCAGUACCACGCCUGCCAAGGAUUCCUCAUCUUCUGGCCUGGGCUCCAUCGGGGUCAAGUUCAGCCGAGACCGGGAAAGCCGCUCACCCUUCCUCAAGCCGGAUGAGCGAGCUCCUGCAGAGGUGGCUAAGGUGGCCCCAGGUAGCACCAAGCCCAAAAAGACCAAGGCCAAGGCCAAAGCUGGGGCCAAGAAAGCAAAGGGGACCAAGGGAAAGACCAAGCCAUCAAAGACCAGGAAGAAGGUCCGCAGUGGGGGCAGUAGCACGGCCAGUGGCGGGCCUGGUUCACUGAAGAAGUCCAAGGCCGACAGCUGCAGCCAGGCAGCCAGUGCCAAGGGGACAGAGGAGACAUCAUGGUCUGGGGAGGAGCGGACCACCAAGACCCCCAGUACCCCACCACCUAAGGUAGCCCCACCUCCACCUGCACUCACCCCAGACUCACAGACUGUGGACAGCAGCUGCAAGACCCCUGAAGUCUCCUUCCUCCCAGAGGAAGCCAGUGAGGACACUGGGGUCCGAGUAGGGGCAGAGGAGGAGGAAGAAGAGGAGGAGGAAGAGGAGGAGGAGCAGCAGCCUGCAACUACCACAGCCACCAGCACUGCUGCAGCUGCCCCAAGUACUGCUCCCAGUGCGGGGUCUACAGCUGGAGACUCUGGCGCGGAGGAUGGGCCAGCUGCUAGGGUCUCCCAGCUGCCCACGCUACCCCCACCCAUGCCCUGGAACCUGCCUGCUGGUGUGGACUGCACGACCAGUGGUGUCCUGGCCUUGACUGCACUGCUGUUCAAGAUGGAAGAAGCCAACCUGGCCAGUCGAGCAAAGGCCCAGGAGCUGAUCCAGGCCACCAACCAGAUCCUCAGCCAUCGGAAGCCACCCUCCACUCUGGGGGUGACCCCAGCUCCUGUACCCACUUCUUUGGGCUUGCCCCCAGGCCCUUCCAGCUACUUGCUUCCUGGUAGCCUCCCCAUAGGGGGCUGUGGCUCUACCCCUCCUACCCCCACUGGGCUAGCCCCUGCAUCUGACAAGAGAGAGGGAAGCAGCAGCUCAGAGGGACGUGGGGACACUGACAAGUAUCUGAAGAAGCUGCACACACAGGAACGGGCAGUGGAAGAGGUGAAAUUGGCCAUCAAACCAUACUACCAGAAGAAAGACAUCACCAAGGAGGAGUACAAGGACAUCCUGAGGAAGGCUGUCCACAAGAUCUGCCACAGCAAAAGCGGGGAGAUCAAUCCUGUCAAGGUGAGCAACCUGGUGAGGGCCUACGUUCAGCGCUACCGCUACUUCCGCAAGCAUGGUCGCAAGCCGGGGGACCCCCCAGGACCCCCUCGGCCACCCAAGGAGCCAGGGCCCCCAGACAAGGGUGGCCCUGGCCUGCCCCUGCCCCCUCUCUGAGACUUCAUACCCUGUUGCUGCGCCUCUGAGAUUCUGGACAUAUUUAUGGCUCCACUUCCCCACCACACCCCCCACAGUGGGAUGAUGGGGUCACUGUGAGGAAGAGGAGAGCUCCCCCCCCAGCCCUGCCCCUGCCCGUUAUCCUGGCCCCUUAGCCUACUCCCAUGGUCUCGGCCCUUCUGUCAUGCCCCCUCCACUUUCAUUAAAGAUUUCAUGAAAUAGA